CUAAACAAUAUUUUCUUAAGAUGGCUGCUGUUUUAAAUAGCAAAUUUACUCUCUCGAAUAGGGUUAGAUUAGUUUUAAAAAUUCUGUGGAUUUGCUAGAUCUAGUAGGUUGUGUGCUGAGAGAAAUGAGGAAAAAGAAAACUUGCUGCCCUGCCCUGCUGUUUGUGUCCAGUCCAAGUGAGCAGCCUGUUCCUGUGGUGCCACCUGAUGGUGUAGGGGACAAACCCAUGUCUGUUAAAGCUAUCAGCAUUGGAGAAGUCUGUCAGCCUUUGUGGGUAUCUCCACAGUUUUCUGGAGAAGGUGGCUUGGGUGAAAUCUUGACUUCCAGUCAUGAAAACAAGUCAAGGAAUGAAGGUUUGAAGAAUUGGAGGUUUAAACCUCUCAAGUUUCUAACACUUGCCCCACGUGGCUUGAUACAUCCCACACAAACUCAGCAGACCACUGGUGUGGCUGGCCAAUGGCUAGACAUUGCCACCCCAUCUUUGUGGUGUGCAAACACCAGUCAUGGUGAUACACCACCAAACACCAGCCAUGGUGAGACACCACCAAACACCAGCCAUGGUGAGACACCACCAAACACCAGCCAUGGUGAGACACCAACAAACACCAGUCAUGGUGAGACACCACCAAACACCAGUCCUGGUGAGAUUACACCAACAAAAUCAUCUGGCUUGCCAAAGAUUUUGGUGGCUGACACCCCCGAGCUAGACUAUGGGUUAAAAAUGAGAGAAAGACAAUUAAAAUAUAAGGAUGGGAGCUGAUACAAAGACAAUUAAAAUAUAAGGAUGGGAGCUGAUACAAAGACAUUUAAAAUAUAAGGAUGGGAGCUGAUACAAAGACAUUUAAAAUAUAAGGAUGGGAGCUGAUACAAAGACAUUUAAAAUAUAAGGAUGGGAGCUGAUAUAAAGACAUUUAAAAUAUAAGGAUGGGAGCUGAUACAAAGACAUUUAAAAUAUAAGGAUGGGAGCUGAUACAAAGACAUUUAAAAUAUAAGGAUGGGAGCUGAUAUAAAGACAUUUAAAAUAUAAGGAUGGGAGCUGAUACAAAGACAUUUAAAAUAUAAGGAUGGGAGCUGAUACAAAGACAUUUAAAAUAUAAGGAUGGGAGCUGAUAUAAAGACAUUUAAAAUAUAAGGAUGGGAGCUGAUACAAAGACAUUUAAAAUAUAAGGAUGGGAGCUGAUAUAAAGACAUUUAAAAUAUAAGGAUGGGAGCUGAUACAAAGACAUUUAAAAUAUAAGGAUGGGAGCUGAUACAAAGACAUUUAAAAUAUAAGGAUGGGAGCUGAUAUAAAGACAUUUAAAAUAUAAGGAUGGGAGCUGAUACAAAGACAUUUAAAAUAUAAGGAUGGGAGCUGAUACAAAGACAUUUAAAAUAUAAGGAUGGGAGCUGAUACAAAGACAUUUAAAAUAUAAGGAUGGGAGCUGAUACAAAGACAUUUAAAAUAUAAGGAUGGGAGCUGAUAUAAAGACAUUUAAAAUAUAAGGAUGGGAGCUGAUAUAAAGACAUUUAAAAUAUAAGGAUGGGAGCUGAUAUAAAGACAAUUAAAAUAUAAGGAUGGGAGCUGAUACAAAGACAUUUAAAAUAUAAGGAUGGGAGCUGAUACAAAGACAUUUAAAAUAUAAGGAUGGGAGCUGAUACAAAGACAUUUAAAAUAUAAGGAUGGGAGCUGAUACAAA